AGACCGUCCGGAGCUAGAGGCCAGGUUUGCCAAGCGAGUGCAGGCUGCUCUUGAAUACGCCAGGACGAUAGAAGAUUUUGGAGAGCUGAUUGAUCCGCGAACCUUGGCUCGUCACUGCCUGGGGCCAGAACCUUCACUUUACGUUCUCAGUACUCUUGACCGUGAAGAGAGAAAACAAAUGACGUCAAAAUUCAACAAGGAGAUGUAUGCUAAAAUCAAGGGCAAAAAGAAUGAGCCCCUUUCCAGCAUAGGCCAGAAGCGGCUGAGGAUCACGGAUAGGGAGAAGGAGAAAGAGGUAGUGGAGAGAGGGUCGUCCACACCUACCCUUGAUCUGGACGAAGGUCUGGUUGCAUCUCCUGGAGUUUCAAUCGAGGAGGUUGCUCGUCCCUCGAAGAAGCAGAAAGCUGCUAGCAAGGGAAAAGGGAAAGCUGAUGCCAGCGUUUGGUCAGAUGCAGGGACGGCCAUGGACCGUGCUACCGAGCUCUUUACCCCUGCUGAGAUGAGGGAAGUUACGAGCAUUCCUUCACACGAGAUGGUGAGCCGCCACGUCCACAAACUCGUGCAGGUGUUGGGGGAGACCAUGCACAUCACCACUCAGUACCUGGCAAAUGAGGAGAAGGCCGUCGUGGCCAACUCGAAGGUAGACGCUUUGGAGGCUGAAGCUUCUGGUUUGCGCAAGGACUUGAUCACAACUAUGGACUCUCUCAACGCUUCUAAGGAGCAAGUCCGCGUGCUAACGGAGGAGCUGGAUUCUGAGAGACAAACCGUGAAGCAGAAGGACGAACUUCUAGCGACGGCUGCUCAGAAGAUGAAGGUUGCAGUAGCCAAAGCCGUCACUGCCUUCCAAUCCUCUGAAGAAUACAACACCCUUCUCUUCCAGUGGUACUUUAAAGGGUUCGAGCUGCUGCGAAGGUAUCUCAUCAAGCAUGGUCCUGCCGUGAGCCUUGACGAUCUGGACUUUGAAGCCGUUGAUAAGGAGAUUGAGGAGGACGAGGCGGCUCAAACAGGAGCGUCCACCGGCGUCGAACCACCUCAGGCUACCCAGGACGAUGAAAUUCCCCCUUCAGCCUAG